CUUGCUGUCCAAUGAGAAGCAGUUCAAAGAGAAAGUAGAAGGUUAACUUACAAAACGUGGUUUUAAAACUUAACAAAUAAGUAUGCUUUACUUUAAUAAGAUUCGUCCUUUGGUAAUUGGGAUGGUUCAUGUUCAUGCAUUACCAGGAUCUCCAGGGAACACUUUGAAUAUGGGCAGGAUUUGUGGUGAUGUAAGGACACAAACACUUAUGUAUAAAAGUGCAGGGGUGGAUUCCAUACUGAUAGAGAACAUGAAUGAUCUUCCGUAUGUCCAGGCCAAGGAUAUGGGACCAGAAACUGUAGCGUAUAUGACGUCCGUUGGUGUAAUAGCUAGAAAAUAUUUCAAUGACUCAUCACCCUUUUGUCAAACACAAAUGCUGACCAAUUCCCUGCAAAUCCUUUUGAAAAAUCUGCCAAAGGAUGUGAAGGAAAGUGCAGAUAAUGCAACCAUUAGUAAGAAUUUUACUGGAGGAGAAGAAGUACAAACUGCAUCUUUUCCAAACUUCAAAGAAACUGGACAUGGAAAAACUGAAUCAGAAGCAAGACUUAAGGGAAUACUUGAAAUAUAUGCCAAUUAUUUAGAUAAAGAAAAGCUAAUAAGUAAUGAGCAUAAGAAAAUGAAGGACGUGCGGGAUGAAAUCCAAGGAGCAAUGCACAAGUUUCUACGGCAAAAUGAUAUACCUUACUUGGGAAAGCUGGAAAAGUACUGUCACAGAACUAAAUCUUCGUCUAAGUUCGCACUAGAUACCCUGUCCAAUGGCCUGAACGAAUAUCCACUGUACCAUGGAAAACUAUUCAUUGAUGGCAAACUGGCCGCUGAAACAAUUGAAAACAAAAAAGACCUGGCUCACAAGAAAUGUGUGAAUGAUUAUCUGAGAGGAAAAAUUGGUGUUCAGAUUUUGGCUGGAGCAAAUAAGGAGGCAUUGGCUGUUGCUCAUUCUGCAGACUUGGACUAUAUAAGAGCAGAAGGGUUUGUUUUUUCCCAUGUAGCAGAUGAAGGAUGGAUGGAUGCUUGUGCUGGCCAGCUACUUCGUUACAGAAAUUAUAUUGGUGCUAAUAACAUACAAAUAUUUACAGACAUAAAGAAGAAACAUAGUGCUCAUGCUGUGACAUCAGAUGUCAGUCUUGUGGAGAUGGCAAAGGCAGCUGAAUUCUUUGGGAGUGAUGGAGUUAUUGUAACAGGGACAGCGACAGGGGAGCAGACCAACCCAGAGCAUGUCCAAGAUGUGAUUAGCAAUGUCUCCGUUCCAGUGUUGGUCGGAUCUGGUGUGAACUCUGAUAAUGUUGCAGACUACAAAAAUGCCAGCGCAGUCAUUGUAGGAAGCCACUUCAAAAGAAACCAGGAUUGGAGACAAAGAAUAAACAUACCCCGUCUUUAUCACUUCAUGGUUAACAUAUUUUCAGAUGAGAUUGACUUUGACAAGGUUUUGGAGACUGAUAGUGAUAGUGAUUUGGAUGUAAGAUGAUGGCAUGAAUACCCUGUAGGAUGUGUGUGAGGAAGGAUGCUUAAAACUGAUAGUUAAAGUGAUUUGGAUGUGAGAUGAUGGCGUGAAUACCCUGUAGGAUGUGUGUGAGGAAGGAUGUUUUGAACCUUGUACUGGUUUUUUAUGAUGGAUGAUAGUGGACACUAUUUAUUUUUAGGAAUAAAAACAAAUCUCAGGUUUUGUUUGUUUUUUUUAC